UAAUGUGGCUAUUUAGUGUGUCAACAUUAGUUAUGUUAGAUAAGAGCUCGUAAUAAAUUGUAUAGUUAGCAUUCUACAUUAUACGAGAAGACAACGCCGCACUGGUUUUUAUAAAAUAACGAGAAUGAAAAUUUUUUUGCUGUUUUCGUUACUAACAAUAAAUUUAACGAGUGCUGAAAUAGUUGUGCGGAAUAAUGUAGUAGAAAAUGAUUUGGGCAAACCAACUGAAAGAGAAAAGAGAUAUGAACCAACAUGGAAAGAUCUGGACACGCGACCUUUGCCGGAAUGGUAUGAUACGGCGAAAAUUGGAAUUUUCUUGCAUUGGGGAGUAUUUUCAGUACCAAGCUUCGGAUCAGAAUGGUUCUGGAGCAACUGGAAAUCGGGCGACAAUAAAACAGUUGAAUUUAUGAGCAAAAAUUACCCACCUGGAUUUACUUAUCAAGAAUUUGCUCCAAUGUUUACAGCAGAGUUUUUUAACCCUGAUGACUGGGCAUCUUUGUUCCGGAAAGCUGGAGCUAAAUAUGUUGUGCUAACAAGUAAACACCAUGAAGGAUUUACUUUGUUCCCAUCUCAACGAUCCUUUAGUUGGAAUGCCAUGGAAGUUGGUCCAAAGCGUGAUUUAGUUGGAGAGCUGGCUCAGGCGGUGCGCAAUAGGGAUAUGAAAUUUGGUGUUUAUCACUCACUGUAUGAAUGGUACAAUCCCAUAUACUUAGAAGACAAGAAAAAUUUUUAUUUAACAAAAGAGUAUCCAAUGACAAAGUUGUGGCCUGAUUUGAAACAGAUUGUUAAUAAUUACAAACCCUCUGUGAUAUGGUCCGAUGGGGACUGGGAGGCUUUCGAUGGAUACUGGAAUUCAACAGAUUUGCUUGCUUGGCUCUACAAUGAUAGUCCAGUUAAAGAUGAAGUUGUUGUCAAUGAUAGAUGGGGUAUAGGGAUACCUUGCCACCAUGGAGACUUUUAUAAUUGUGCUGAUAGAUAUAAUCCUGGUAAACUACAAAAUCAUAAAUGGGAGAAUGCCUUCACAAUCGAUUCAAGAUCAUGGGGUUAUAGACGAAACAUGGCCUUAAAUGAAAUACUUUCAAUCAAUCAGUUGCUAAAAGAAGUUGUAUCAACAGUAAGUUGCGGAGGUAAUGCUCUUAUUAAUAUUGGACCAACUAAAGAAGGCACAAUUGCACCAAUAUUUCAAGAAAGAUUACUAGCACUGGGUGAAUGGCUUGCAAUUAAUGGAGAGGCCAUUUAUGGUACUUCACCUUGGAAACAUCAAAAUGAUACUUACAAUGUCAAUGUGUGGUAUACCUGUACUAAAACCCAAUACCAUGCUCACCGGCCAUCUUCUGUUCCACAACAGUCCGAUACCAUAACAGCCAUAUAUGCUAUAUUCCUACACUGGCCUAAAAAUAAUGUGCUUAAUGUUAGUGACUUAGCUCCUUAUCUACACUCUGGCACAUAUAAAAUAAAGAUGCUUGGCAAUCAAGGAUUUUUGAAUUGGAAAAUAAGUAGUGGCAUGUUAUUCAUAAUGUUACCUGAUAAAGCAAUGGUAAGAUCGAGAAAUGCUUGGGCUUUAAAGUUUAGUCAAUAAUUAAAUGUGCUGUGAAAUAAACAUAUUUUCAUUUGUGAAAUAAAAAACACAUCAUUUUGAAUAAA